CCAUUUAACCAGAAAAGUAAAGCUUUCCUAAUGGCUUACACAACGUGUCUUGGUGUUCUUGAUUCAAUCCGAAAUUACAGACCCCCUACCUUACUGACAUCUAAACAAUCCUUCUCAGCUUUAACAAAAGGGAAAGGUGGCAAUGUACCUCAUCCUUUCCAAAGCAUGGCUCCUGAAGAAAACACAAAUCUUGACUCUACUAUUGUUCGACGUUCAGCAAAUUACCAUCCUACCAUUUGGCAUUAUGAUUACAUCCAAUCAUUAAGAAGCGAAUAUGUGGGGGAGUCAUUCACACAAAGGAUCGGUAAGCUGAGGGGAGAAGUAGCAAUGAUGUUUCAUAAAGUUAUGGAGCCACUCGAGCUUAUUGAUAUCUUGCAAAGACUUGGAGUAUCAUAUCACUUUGAGGAUGAAAUAAGGAGGAUAUUGGUGUUGAGAUAUGUACAUAUGAAAGAAAGACAGCGUGAGUUAAAGAAAAGUUUAUAUGCCACAGCUGUUGAGUUUAGACUAUUGAGACAACAUGGAUAUGAUGUACCUCAAGAGACUUUCAAAAGUUUCAUCAAUGAAAAUGGGGAUUUCAAAGAAUUUCUUUGUGUUGAUAUCGAUGGAAUUCUAGCUUUGUACGAAGCCUCGUUCCACCUGAGACAAGGUGAAAGUAUUUUGGAGAAAGCAAGAGACUUUGCAACCAAACAUCUUAAAGAGUACGUGGAUCAAAGCAAAGAUCAAUAUCUUUGUAUGAUGGUGAAUCACGCCCUAGAGCUUCCAUUGCAUUGGAGAGUGACAAGGUUGGAAGCGCGGUGGUUCAUUGAUGCAUAUAGGAGCAGAGAAGAUAUGAACUCUACCUUGCUUGAGCUUGCAGAAUUGGAUUUUAAUAUGGUACAAGCAGUCCACCAAGAAGAUCUAAAAGAACUAUCAAGGUGGUGGAGGAGCACUAGCCUUGGAGAUUUGAGCUUUUCAAGGGAUAGGGUGGUGGAGAAUUUUCUAUGGGCAGCAGGAGGAUUAUUUGAACCACAAUUUGGAUAUGAGAGGAGAAUGUUAACAAGGCUUGGUACAUUAGUGACAGUAAUAGAUGAUGUCUACGAUAUCUACGGCACCUUAGAAGAACUUGAGCUCUUCACGAAUGCUAUUGAGAGAUGGGAUGUCAAUGCUAUGGAACAACUUCCAUAUUACCUACAGAUUUGUUUCCUUUCCGUCUUUAACACAGUUAAUGAAAUGGCUUUUGACACUCUCAAGGAAAAGGGAUGCAACAUCAUUUGGUACAUGAAAAAGGCAUGGGCAGAUCUAUGUAGAUCAUAUAUGGUGGAGGCAAACUGGUUUUACAAUGGGCAUACACCAAGCCUUCAAGAAUACCUUGAAUAUGGAUGGAUCACAAUAACAAUGUCAAAUAUACUAGUUCAUUGUUAUUUUUUCGUCACAAAUCCCAUAACAGAGGAAGCCCUGGAAUUACUGAAAGAGUAUCCCGAUAUAAUUCGUUUGUCAUCAUUCAUUAUUCGGCUAGCAGAUGAUCUCGGAACAUCUACGGACGAGUUAAAGAGGGGGGAUAAUCCUAAAUCAAUCCAAUGCUACAUGAAAGAUACCGGUGCUAGCGAGGAAGAUGCUCGUCAAUACAUGAGGUCCUUGAUUAGUACAACAUGGAAGACAAUUAAUGGAGAACGCUUUGCAGCUUCUCCAUUCUCUGAAACAUUUAUUAAGAUCGCAAUUAACAUGGCAAGGGUAUCCCAAUUCAUGUACCAGUAUGGAGAUGGUCAUGGCAUUGGAGAUCGCGAGACUAAGGACCGCGUGCAAGCGUUGUUUAUUCAUCCCAUUCCUAUAGCAAAGAAUAGAUGAAUGAUUGUUAGUGUUACAAAAUCACAUACAAAUAUCUAGAUCUCUACUUUUUCCUCUUUAUAAUUUCUUAUAAUUGGAUCAAACUAGAUCAUGUGUACUCAAAGGUAAC